AUGUUGACAUGCGUAAAAAACUACACUUCCCCAAUGUCGUCACGUGCGCUCCCGACUCCCAUUGGCUGGCGGCCGCAGCCGCAGCCCCAGAGAAUGAAUGAAAUUGAAAUAGCUGCUACAUUACAUGUACAAUACCGGGCUCUGCGGCGCUGCAUUCCAACCUACCACACCAACAUGGCCACGGCGGUGCAGAACCACCUCAAAUCGCAAUCUGGAGGUGCAGUCAUCAAGAACAGCCUUGGUGAAGAGUUCUACAAGGAGGCCAUUGAGCACUGUCGCAGCUACAAUGCCCGACUAUGUGCUGAGCGCUCCAUGCGGCUCCCCUUCCUGGACUCCCAGACAGGUGUGGCCCAAAGCAACUGUUACAUCUGGAUGGAGAAGAACCACCGUGGACCAGGUCACGCUCCAGGUCAGUUGUACACGUAUCCCGCACGCUGCUGGCGCAAGAAGCGGCGGCUAAACAUCCUGGAGGACCCACGGCUCGUACCAAUAGAGUUUAAGAUCGAUUAUGAGGCUUCUCUAAAAAAGGAGGGGGGUAUUCCAGAUGGUCCUGUUUUGGAGUCACUGCUCGCUGGGGAAACUCUGGACAAGAAGGUAGAAACAAAAGAGGAGGAGCCAAUGAGCGAGUGUCAGAAAUUGCUCGUUGGAGAUUUUCCUCAUGAGCUGGAAGUGGACGAAAUGGAAGAGGACGUGCCAAAGCGCAAGAACCGUACCAAAGCACGGGCUUAUGGGGUUGGAGGCAUGAGGAAGCGCCAAGAGCCGCCUGCCAUAGAAGACAGAGACAAGCCUUAUGUCUGUGACAUAUGUGGAAAGCGCUACAAGAACCGCCCUGGACUGAGCUACCAUUACACUCACACACAUCUGGCAGACGAAGAGGGCGAGGAAGACUCAGAACGACACACGCUACCCUUCCAGCGCAAGAACAACCACAAGCCCAAGAAAGCGGCGGACGGCUCAGUCAUCGUCAAUGGUUACUGCGACUUUUGUCUCGGCGGGUCAAAGAAGACUGGCUGUCCCGAGGACCUUAUUUCCUGUGCGGACUGUGGACGCUCAGGCCACCCGUCCUGUCUGCAGUUCACAGUGAACAUGACAGCUGCAGUGAGGACUUAUCGCUGGCAGUGCAUCGAGUGCAAGUCCUGCAGCCUGUGCGGCACCUCCGAGAACGACGAUCAGCUGUUGUUCUGCGAUGAUUGUGACAGAGGCUACCACAUGUACUGUCUGAGCCCUCCCAUGUCAGAACCACCGGAGGGGAGCUGGAGCUGUCAUCUGUGUUUGAGACAACUGAAGGCAAAGGCCUCAGCCUACAUCACCCUGACUUAAUCUGCAGACGGCCAUUCCUCCUCUCUCAAACAUUCCCAGUCGCCCCCUGACUGUCUGUGUGCGCCUCGGCUGCCCCCCACACCCCCCCUCCAACCUCCAUGAUGCGACACGUCUUUCACGGAACCCAACAACCCAGCGUCCAUUCUAGAGGAGAGCCGACCUCCAGCGUUCAUUCCUGUCACUCACGCUCCUUGCUGUGGAUGGAUGACCCCUCGUAACACCGCCACACACACACACACACACACACACACGUACACACACAUUCUUGUAUUUGUGACCUUCUUGAGACCUGAGAAAAAUGCCUACCUCUUUAGGACCACCCUUUCUAAAUAUAUGAAGAUUUGUACUUACAGCAUUGAAGGCCUACUGAAAUGAGAUUUUCUUAUUUAAACGGGGAUAGCAGGUCCAUUCUUUGUGUCAUACUUGAUCAUUUCGCGAUAUUGCCAUAUUUUUGCUGAAAGGAUUUAGUAGAGAAGAUCGACGAUAAAGUUUGCAACUUUUGGUUGCUAAUAAAAAAGCCUUGCCUGUACCGGAAGUAGCAGACGAUGUGCGCGUGACGUCACUGGUUGUAGAGCUCCUCACAGUGUUUUUAAUGGGAGCCUCCGGCAGCAAGAGCUAUUCGGACCGAGAAAGCGACAAUUUCCCCAUUAAUUUGAGCGAGGAUGAACGAUUAUUGGAUGAGGAAAUUUAGAGUGACGGACUAGAAAAGAAAAAAAAAAGGCAAUUGCAUUGGGAGCGAUUCAGAUGUUAUUAGACACAUUUACUAGGAUAAUUCUGGGAAAUCCCUUAUCUUUCUAUUGUGUUGCUAGUGUUUUAGUGAGUUUAAUAGUACCUGGUAGUAGGAGGGGUGUGUCCACGGGUGUGUUGACGCCAGUCUCUGAGGAAAGUCACGGCAGCAGGACAAAAGCUCCGCUGAUCCCCAAUAAGAGGCGACCCUUUUCCACAAUUUUCUCACCGAAAACUGACGGUCGACAUGUAGUCGGGAUCCAUGUUCGCUUGACCGCUCUCAUCCAUAGUGAAGCUUCACCUCCAGGAAUUUUAAACAAGGAAACAAUGUGUGUUUGUGUGGCUAAAGGCUAAAAGCUUCCCUCCUCCACCUUUUAUACUUUGACUUCUCCAUUAUUAAUUGAACAAAUUGCAAAAGAUUCAGCAACACAGAUGUCCAAAAUACUGUGUAAUUAUGCGAUGAAAAGAGACGACUUUUAGCUUUGUGUGGUGCCGGGCUAAAAUGUCCCCUCCAACCAAUAACGUCACAAACACGCGUCAUCAUUCCGCGACGUUUUCAACAGGAAACUCCCCGGGAAAUUUAAAAUUGUAAUUUAGUAAACUAAACCGGCCGUAUUGGCAUGUGUUGCAAUGUUAAUAUUUCAUCAUUGAUAUAUAAACUAUCAGACUGUGUGGUCGGUAGUAGUGGGUUUCAGUAGGCCUUUAAUAAUACAUACAUACUAUGCAAAUAUUAAAAAAAAGGUAAGCUUUUUAGUUACUUUAUUUUUAUUUUUAUUUUUUUGUUUGUAAUUGUUUUUUAAUCAUUAUUUACUUCAAGUGAUUACAGUAUGUCUCUCGAUACAAUUUUUUUUACUUUUUGGAAAUCAAUUUUGGCCGAAGGGGGUGCAUUUCAAUUUCUCACACACACUUGUUAUUACAUGUGUUGACCGCACUUUUAAAACCAACACACAGUCAAUUUGAAAAAAUCCCUCCUUUUUGGGACCACCCUUAUUUAGAUAUAUUUCACCCCCUAGGGGUGUAAAUGCCCUCUCCGGGUUAGGGAAGAAAUCUUGCCCCAAGUGGAGGAGUUCAAGUACCUCGGAGUCUUGUUCACGAGCGAGGGAAGAGUGGAUCGUGAGAUCGACAGUGCGGCGUCUUCAGUAAUGCGGACGCUGUAUCAAUCCGUUGUAGUCAAGAAGGAGCUGAGCCGGAAGGCAAAGCUCUCAAUUUACUGGUAGAUCUACGUUCCCGUCCUCUCCUAUGCUCAUGAGUUUGGGGUUAUGACCGAAAGGACAAGAUCACGGGUACAAGCGGCCGAAAUGAGUUUCCUCCGUCGGGUGGCGGGGUUCUACCUUAGAGAUAGGGUGAGAAGCUCUGCCAUCCGGGGGGUAGCUCAAAGUAAAGCCGCUGCUCCGCCACAUUGAGAGAAGCCAGAUGAGGUGGUUCGGGCAUUUGUUCAGGAUGCCACCCGAAUGACUCCCUAGGGAGGUGUUUAGGGCACGUCCGAUUGGUAGGAGGCCACAGGGAAGACCCAGGACACGUUGGGAAGACUCUGUCUCCCGACUGGCCUGGGAACGCCUCGGGAUCCUUCGAGAGGGGCUGGGGAGAGGGAUGUCUGAGCAUUUCUCUGCUUAGGCAGUUGCCCCCACGACCCGACCUCGGAUAAGCAGGGGAAAAUGGAUGGAUGGAUGGGUGCUAAUGAGACAGUCUCUAUUAUAUGCCUUGGUUUUCCCUAUUGGGUCCAUGAUUUCGGUCCUAACGUGUUCACCAGUCCUCAUAUGGUUGGUACUUUUCAGUAUGAGCCUGCUCAGUGGCGUUGUGGUUAGAGAGUCCGCCCUGAGAUCGGUAGCUUGUGAGUUCAAACCCCGGCCGAGUCAAACCAAAGACUAUAAAAAUGGGACCCGUUGCCUCCCUGCUUGGCACUCAGCAUCAAGGGUUGGAACUGGGGGUGAAAUCACCAAAUUGAUUCCCAGGCACGGCCACCGCUGCUGCUCACUGCUCCCCUCCCCUCCCAGGGGAUGGAACAAGGGGAUAGGUCAAAUGCAGAGGUUAAUUUCACCACACCUAGUGUGUGUGUGACUAUCAGUGGUACUUUAACUUAGUUGAUGUCUCAAGAAGGGUAGAAAUACAAGACCACACGCACACCCUCAAACGAAUUCAUCAGCCGGCAAUAGGUUCGCUCCAAAGACACACACUCCAGCCUGCCAAGGGCACUUUGGAGCAAGAGUACUCCACUGGAGAACCUCUUAAGAGCCCUCAGAAGAGCCCUAAUGAUCUUUGGCCGCAACUCAGUCAAGUAGUGAGUGAGAAUUAACAAGAUGGAUGGGCACCAGGCAGAGGACGUGGCUUCGGAGACACCGGACAACAACGGAGCAGUAUGUUCUCGUCCUAUAAACUGCGGACAAAUAAACUUCAUCCCGUUUUAAAGCUGGCAGAGUCAACUUCCUCAAUAGACUUUUGCUGCCCCAGUAAUUGUACAGAAUUCAAACUGGUUCUCGGAAGUACACUCCUGAAGAGAGUGCAGCAUUUGGAGUUUAAACCUCUGAAUGGGAUUCCUACAGACUUAGGAAUGGAUGGUGGGGGUUCUGGUGUUUGUGGAGGAUGUCCUAUCCAGAACCUGCUAAAUGCGUAGGAUCUCCUCACAUUUCCCCUCUGGGGGAUAAUGACUGCGAAACACCACUUGGCGCUUGGUGUGUUUUGUCUGUGUGUGUGGUCGGGAAUGUUGGUUUGUUGUGCGUCUCGGGAUGGGUACAGAAUUUGUACCGGGUAUGGAUUCACGUAGAAAUCCAACGGUGCCAUGUUUCAAUACAUUUUGUUGCAGGUGACGUCACAUCCGGUCUGCGGACUCAAACAAUGAAGCAGAAUUCACUCUAACAAAGCACUUAUGCAUGAUAGAAAACACUUGAACGCACAAGCCAGCUCGGUGCUGAUUUACCUUCGAUUUACCCGAGACGUGCCAGAGAUUAGCAUUGGAGAUUUCAUAUGGCCAUUUUAGCACAUCCAAAUUUGGUAAUGAAAACUACAACUAAGAUGCACGUUACAAUCAAACAAUUGGUGUUUAAUUAUAGUACAAAACCCAAAACCAGUUUAGUGGGCACGUUGUGUAAAUCAAAAAUAAAAACAGAAUGCAAUGAUUUGCGAAUCCUGUUCAACUUAUAUUCAAUUAAAUAGACUGCAAAGACAAGAUAUUUAAUGUUUUGCAAAUAAUCAUUAACUUCGAAUUUAAUAGCAGCAACACAUAGCAAGAGAGUUGGCACAGAGGUAUUUUACCACUGUGUUACAUGGCCUUUCCUUUUAACAACACUCAGUAAACGUUUGGGAACUGAGGAGACCAAUUUUUGAAGCUUUUCAAGUGGAAUUCUUCCCCAUUCUUACUUGAUUUACAGCUUAACUUGUUCAACAGUCCGGGGUCUCUGUUGUUGUAUUUUACGCUUCAUACGGCGUGACACAUUUUCAAUGGGAGACAGGUCUGGACUACAGGCAGGCCAGUCUAGUACCCGCACUCUUUUACUAUGAAGCCACGUUGUUGUAACACGUGGCUUGGCAUUGUAUUUCUGAAAUAAGCAGGGGCGUCCAUGAUAACUCUUGCUUUGAUAGCAACAUAUGUUGUUCCAAAACCUGUAUGUACCUUUUAGCAUUAAUGGUGCCUUCACCGAUGUGUAAGUUACCCAUGUCUUGGGCACUAAUACAUUUCCAUACCAUCACAGAUGCUGGCUUUUCAACUUUGCGCCUAUUAUAAUCCGGAUGGUUCUUUUCCUCUUUGUUCCGGAAAAUGUGGACUCGUCAGACCACAGAAAAAUUUUCCACUUUGCAUCAGUUCAUCUUAGAUGAAAUCGGGCCCAGCACCCUUUCUGGGUGUUGUUGAUAAAUGGCUUAUGCUUUGCAUUGUACAGCUUUAACUUGCACUUACAGAUGUAGCGACAAACUGUAGUUACUGAUAGUGGUUUUCUGAAGUGUUCCUGAGCCCAUGUGGUGAUAUCCUUUCCACACUCAUGUCGCUUUUGAUGCAGUACUGCCUGAAGGAUCGAAGGUCCGUAAUAUCAUCGCUUACGUGCGGGGAUUUCUCCAGAUUAUCUGAACCUUUUGAUGAUAUUACGGACCGUAGAUGGUGAAAUCUCUAAAUUCCUUGCAAUAGCUCGUUGAGAAAUAUUGUUCUUAAACUGUUCAACAAUUUGUUCACACAUUUGGUCACAAAGUGGUGACCCUCGCCCCAUCCUUGUUUGUGAAUGCCUGAGCAUUUCAUGGAAGCUUCUUUUAUACCAAAUCAUGGCACGCACUUGUUCCUAAUUAGCCUGUUCACCACAUGUGUUCGAUGAGCGUUCUUCAACUUUCGCAGUCUUUUUUGCCACUUGUGCCAGCUUUUUUGAAACAUGUUGCAGGCAUCCAAUUCCAAAUAAGCUAAUAUUUGUAAAAAAUAACAACGUUUUCCAGUUCGAACGUUAAGCAUCUUGUCUUUGCAGUCUAUUCAAUUGAAUAUAAGUUCAAAAGGAUUUGCAAAUUAUUGUAUUCUGUUUUUAUUUACCAUUUACACAACGUGCCAACGUCACCUGUUUUUGGUUUUGUACAAUGCCUAAUGUAUAAACCCCUUUUAGGGCGCAAACAAAAGACUAGAUCAGUGGCCUUUAAUGUUCUCCAGGCCAGGGACCCCCUAGGAAGGAGCAAGGGACCCCCUACAAAAAAAAUGUUGAUUGUGUUUUCUAUUAAACUGGUCCUAAAGACACCUUGUUAUGGUGCCACUAUCUCAGCCCUCGUUGGCUGCUAUCGAGCCCCGGGGAGAAAUCUUUCAGCCACUACUGCUGUGGAAACCCGGCGGCCCAGUCCGGCCCCCGGGGUCGCCCGAUGAUGAUGAUUGUGCAAAACUGUACUAAGGUAUCUAAAUGCAUACGUUAUAGUGCCGCUAAUAGAUCGCUGGCAACUAGCUAUAAUGUAUUGGAUCAAUGAUAAUGUGCACUUAAAGACCUACUGAAAUGAGAUUUUCUUAUUCAAACGGGGAUAGCAGGUCCAUUCUAUGUGCCAUACUUGAUCAUUUCGCGAUAUUGCCAUAUUUUUGCUGAAAGGAUUUAGUAGAGAACAACGACGAUAAAGUUCGCAACUUUUGGGCGCUAAUAAAAAAGCCUUGCCUUUACCAGAAGUAGCAGACGAUGUGCGCGUGACGUCACUGUUUGUAGAUCUCCUCACAUCUUCACAUUGUUUACAAUCAUGGCCACCAGCAGUUAGAGCGAUUCGGACCGAGAAAGCGACAAUUUCCCCAUUAUUUUGAGCGAGGAUGAAAGAUUUGUGGAUGAGGAUAAUGAGAGGGAAGGACUAGAAAAAAAAUAAAAAAUUAAAAGUAAAAAAAAAAAAAGGCGAGGGCAGUGAGAGCGAUUUGGAUGUUAUUAGACACAUUUACUAAGAUUAUUCUGGAAAAUCCCUUAUCUGCUUAUUGUGAUAUUAGUGUUUUAGUGAGAUUAUUUGGUACCUGAAAGUCGGAGGGGUGUGGCCACGGGUGUGGUGACCGCCAGUGUCUCCGUUGGGAGGAGGUAAUAGUCCGCAGCUGCAGGAGGACGCAAGCUCCGCUCAUGUCUACAGUAAGAGCCGACUUAUUAGCACAAUUUUCUCACCGAAACCUGCCGGUUGACAUGUGGUCGGGAACAAUGUUCGCUUGACCGCUCUGUUCCAUACUUAAGCUUCACCUUCGGGAAUUUUAAACAAGGAAACACCGGCUGUGUUUGUGUUGCUAAAGGCAGCUGCAAUACACCGCUUCUCACCUCCAUCUUUCUUCUUUGACUUUUCCAUUAUUAAUUGAACAAAUUGCAAAAGAUUCA